CCACCACACACCACUCACCACUCCACACCACCAAACAUGUCCAUGAUCAUCCGCACCCAGGCCCUCCGCGCCGCCGCCCGCAACGUCGCCCGCCCUCAGCAGCAGGUCCGCGCCCUCCACGUCGAGAACACUGUCGACCACGUCCUCCCCACCUCGGUCCGCAACAAGGCCUGGUUCGCCACCAAGUUCGUCGUCUACGCUGCCACCGGCUUCGGUCUCCCCUUCUUCUCGGUUUGGUACCACAACAAGAAGGCCGCCAACGGUGGUGUCUUCUAAGUAACAAAAUCAAAGUCAGCACGGCCGUGGCGCAGUGCGCGACGCGGCCCGGUAAUGCAUCUUGCGG